AUGGCGAGCCGUCUCCCGGGAGCCUGGAUCGCUGUCUUGGUCGCGGUGCUUUGCCUCGCCAGCCCUGUGGCCGCGAAGCUCAGCACCACGUACUACCAGAAGAGGUGCCCCAAGGCGGAGCAGAUCGUGUCGGACGUGGUGACCAGCAAGCAGAUCACCACCCCCACCACCGCCGCAGGCGCCCUCCGCCUCUUCUUCCAUGACUGUUUCGUCGGCGGCUGUGAUGCCUCCUUGCUGAUCUCCACCAACGCCUUCAACCGGGCUGAGCGCGACUCCGACGACAACAUCUCCCUCCCCGGGGACGCCUUUGACGCCGUCGUCCGCGCCAAGACCGCUCUCGAGCUCCAGUGCCCCGGCGUCGUCUCCUGCGCCGACGUUCUCGCACUCGCCACCCGCGACCUGGUCUCCAUGCUGGGAGGGCCUUUCUUCGACGUCCGCCUCGGCCGCAAGGACGCCCUCGCGUCCACCGCCGCCUCCGUCGUGGGCAACCUCCCCUCCCCCAACAUGACUAUAGACCAGCUCAUCUCCAUCUUCGCCAAGCGAAAGUUCACCGUGCAGGAGAUGGUCGCCCUCAGCGGCGCCCACACCGUCGGCUUUUCCCACUGCAACGAGUUCGCCUCGCGGAUCUACGGCUUCAACGGCGGCUCUCGGGAUGCCUACGACCCGUCGCUGAACCCACAGUUCGCGCAGGCGCUGCAGAAGGCGUGCGCCAACUACGUCAAGGACCCGACCAUCGCCGCCUUCAACGACGUGAUGACGCCGGGCAAGUUCGACAACUUGUACUACCAGAACCUGCUGAGGGGGCUGGGGCUGCUGGCCUCCGACACCGCGCUGGCGGCGGACCCGCGGACGAAGCCCAUCGUGGAGCUCUACGCCGCCAACCAGACCGCCUUCUUCAAGGACUUCAGCCACGCCAUGGAGAAGCUCAGCGUGUUCGGGGUGAAGACCGGCCGGAAGGGGGAGAUCCGACGGCGCUGCGACGAGUUCAACAACCUCUCCACGUAAAUCAAUACGUGCAUGGCUUCGCGUUAUAUAUCUUUAGAGAGAAGGACGGAAGAGAUAUACG